CACGACCAGCUCAGUGAACCGCCGACCAUCGUUAAGACAGCACCACGUCCGAUCUUGCUAGGGACACCAAAGCACGUGCGAGCGCGAGAGUACCACCAAAACUACCUCCAUGGACAAUUCGGAAUUUUUUAUUUUUUAUUUGUCGGUGGUUUCUAGUGUUGGAGUGACAAUGUACUUAUGAACAAAAAAAUUGUUUCAUUUGACUAUUAUUGAUAUGAUGACUAUGACAGAUUACUUACCAAGUGGCCUUUUUGGGUUUUUUAUUAAGUGUUAAAAUAUCGAGUGAUUUAGAAGUGUAGUUAGCUCUUGGGACAAGCAUAACAGUUGACUGAGUUAUUUUGGAUUUUUUUUUGAAAAAUUGUUGUGUCUGGACUGUAUGUGCUGAAUUUUUGGUUGAACUAGUGAGUUUAACCAGGAGGGAAAAAAAGAUCCGGCAGUUCUUGGCCGGUCCACCGAUGUCCACUGCGGACGCAGCCCUCAGCCUUUUGCACCCUGCUUGGCUACCGCGUUGCCGCCCUUACCUUCUACCGCCACCAGUUAUUAUGAGAGAAAAGGACUCGUCGCCUAGAAAGAUGCUGGUGGCCCAAAGCGGACACUCGUCUCCUAAACAAGCAGCUGUGUAUCCGUUAUCGGUUAGAGUCCCACCACCGGAAGAUGCACCGUUCGAUCUUAGCAGAAACACCACAAGGUCUUCCCCAGGUCCACACAUGAGUCCUGCAGGAAGACCGCACGAGCAGCACAGCGAAGAACAGCCACUAGACUUAAGGGUGGAGCACAAAAAGCUCAGUCUGUUGAUAAUGAGGCGGCAGGUUGAAGACGAAAAUCGUAACAUAAUCUCGUCGCCAGCUCCUAGUACUUCAAGCGAAAAAGAAGAAGUAAUAGUCGAAGAUCGAUCUUCGCCACCUACUCCAAACAAUAUUCCUAAACCGUCGUUUUCACCUCAGCUUCCGGCAUACCCUGGAAUGCUCUUCCCACCUCAACCGAUUCAUCCGAUGAUGCUGGAAGCGAUGUACCGAGCUCAGGGUGGCGACAAAGUUCCAAGGUUACCAUUACCUUACCCACCAUCGCCUGGAUACCCCCAAAGAUACCCUUUCCUAAGCCCUAAUAUGCUUAGCCCUCCUGUAAAUAAUGUUCCUUUUGAUAUGUUAAGAAACGCCCCGAGCGCACCUCCACCACCACCGAAAGUAUUCGAUCCGGCAAGUGGUAAGCCAAAAGAUAGGUACGCGUGUAAGUUUUGCGGUAAGGUAUUUCCAAGAAGUGCAAAUUUGACGCGACAUUUACGUACCCACACUGGAGAGCAGCCUUAUAAAUGUAGAUACUGUGAACGAAGCUUUAGUAUAUCUAGUAACCUACAGCGACACGUUAGGAAUAUUCACAAUAAGGAAAAACCAUUUAAAUGUCCUUUAUGCGAACGGUGCUUUGGACAGCAAACGAACUUGGACAGGCACUUGAAGAAACACGAAGCUGAUGGUCCAACAAUUUUAGACGAACGAAAUCUACAACGAAGAAACUUGAAUAGAAAUCUGAGUGAAGAAUCUUAUUUCGAAGAAAUAAGAUCGUUUAUGGGUAAAGUGACCGAUGGCAGGCUGUUGCAGCAUUUAAAACCAGGGGCCAUUCCUAACUUCCCAUUGUCUCUUCCAACGAAACUUUUCGAUUCUAGUAAAACGAUGCAAGAGCCUGAAAAAUCUUCAACGCCUACUGAAGAAAUUAAAAGAGAUUCUUCAUAUUUUUCCGACAAAGACAAUUAUUCAUCGAGAUCAUCGACAAGCUCAGACGCGUCAAACAAAGAUGAAGAAAUGACAACGAAAAGCGAGGACAAUUUAAAAAAGCAAGAGGACGAAGAUAGCAACAAUAACAACAAUACAUGAUGACUGUGAUAUAUGGUUUUGAAAUUUGCUAAAUAUUGUGAUAGAAAUUCAAUCAAGAGAGGUAUAGUUAUACUUUAUUGAAGGUUGAUCAAAUUAACUAAUUAUUUUUAUCAAAAAAAAAAAAAAAAAAAAUGAAGAAUACCUUUUAAUUUUUGUGACAUUUUGUUUAGCCUUGUUAGCGCGAUCUAUUUUUAGUACUCUUUCCUUUUAAGGUAAAUGCCAAAACACCUACAAGUUUUGAAUGAAAUAACGUAAUUUGUGUGUGUAGAUUCUGGGUGAAAUAAUCGAUAAUAAUUGAUUUUGAUUGGAAAUAUAUUUAAAUUUUUUGCGAUUAAAGUCAAAAUUUAAUGAGGGUUAAAUCAAUUAUUCUAAUUCUAACUUUAUCUCAAAAAUAGUUUUUGCCACUCAGAUACCUACUUAGUCUGAAUUGAGUUGGAUAUAAUAUCAGAAUUAUUAUCGGCUCUUGCUUGACUGCCUUCACCGUUGAACGAAUUGUUUGGAAAAUCCAGAGAAAAUAAUACCUAUUCAAUAUUUGAAUUAUUAUCGACACUUCGGAGAGGUUGUCCAACGAAUCAAGAGCCGAUAAUAAUGAAAAUUUGAAUUUCUAUCGGCACUUGAUUCUGUGAGAUACUUUAAACUUGUCUUUACUCAUAUGAAAAGUUCCAAAAAGUUUUCAGAUUGGUUUAUAGCUGUCCCACUUUCACCCACAAUUUUCUCUUUUCUCUGCUCUUGAUCACUCCAGAACAAUUUUCUGGGAAAUCAAGAACCAGUUGUAGCUGAGAUCAGGACUAUUAUUGGC